AUGUCCGAACACUUCAGAUCGCUGUUGAGGAGACAUCGCUUUCCUGCCUGCCUGAAGGCGAGUACACCACAUCGCGGUGCAGCAAACACCGCCCGUCCCCCGGCUCCACAGUGCAACUAUCCACGUUCCACUGGCGGACAAUCCUCCCUCCCUACACUGUCGUCGAUCGACCAUGUGCAGGCAGUGCGGCCCUUCGAGGGCGAGGAAAAGACGGUCCUCCGCUGUGUGGACGGCAUGCAGCGCCACGUCGUGCUCGUCACCUUCCCCUUUACACGAUACGCAAGCCUCGCAAAUGCAGCCGCGACAAUAGGCGGCCCGCGAGAGAUCGAAUUUGAGGGCUACGAUCCGCACCAGCGGCCGUCAAGGGUAGAUAUUGUCUUCUGGCCACGCAUGGACCUCGAGGACGACGACCUUGACGACCUCCCCGACGAGGACGAGGACGAAGACAUGGUGGUAUGGUGCCACCGUGACGCCAGGAAGGCCCGCUACGACUUCUAUCCCUUCGCCCCGGUACUCUCGACGAGCGCCGACGGGCACAACCGGCGCCAUAUUCCGGGCGACUUGGCCAAGGUGGAAGGCAUCCACAGCUACCUCUUCUUCCUCUUGCGCAUCUUCGAGCACCUAGCCUACGGGGGCACGGCGACCGUCGCCAGGCUGCGGUUGAUCCCCCCGCAGAUUCUCGACCUCAACGCCCGGCCGUAG